AUGACUAGGACCAAGCGUACUUCUGGGUUUUCCGUCAACGACCGUCGUUCUGGGGAAAACGCUUAUAUGGAUGUUAAAAAGAAUGGUGCUGGUCGAGGCAACUGGGGCAAGGCUUUAGACCAGACUGCUAUAGAUGAGGCUUGCUAUCGAGCAUCUAUGCCUGGGUUUGACACUAACCAAUCUCGCAAGAUUCAAGUUCAAGCUGCUUCCGGCAAAAUGCCAAUGGUCUAG